AUGCAGGCCACCCUUUUCCAGGAUGUUACCCAUGUGUAUGUGGGCACUGGUAAACAGGCACUUGGAAAGAUUAGCACUGGUGAGAUCUUGUGUGGUCAUGCUCACAGCCCGUCUCUAGGACAGAGUGAGUCAUUCAUUCGGACAGUCCUUUAUAUCGGACUGGCCUGCAACACUGCACGCUAUCUGUACAUCUCCUACCUGGAGAAUGCAUGGAUAGUUUUACCCAUGGAGGUGCUUCAAGGUUUGACACAUGCAUCAGUGUGGGCGGCAUGCAUCUCGUAUUUGAGCGCUGCUGUUCCUCCAGCUCUGCGCACGUCGGCUCAGGGGAUCCUGCAGGGGCUGCACCUGGGGCUGGGGAGAGGCUGUGGAGCCAUGCUAGGAGGAGUUUUUGUGAACUUCUUCGGUGCUGCAGAAACCUUCAGAGGCCUCGGUAUGGCCUCUCUGGUCACAUUACUUAUCUUCUCUCUGAUACAGUGGCUGUUAGGUCAGAACGAGGAUAAAAAGGGCUCGAUGUUGGCUGAGAACAUCCCAGUUCCCUCCAGCCCUGUGCCUAUCGCCACUAUUGACUUAGUCCAGAACCAAUCUGCAUCUCAGCCAAAUCCCGAAUCAAAGACGCCUCCUAAGAAAACCAGGCAUCAGGAAGAGCAAGAAAAUGCCAACAAGCCGGCCUGGGUGGUGUCUGCUUCCCCCUGGGUCACCAUCGCUUUCGCCCUCUAUCAGAUCAGAGAUAUGGUUGCUUUGUCAAAGAACAACCACUGUGGUGAAAGUCAAGCCCCGCAGGGGAAAGGAGACAAAUGAGCAAACUUCAGCGAUGCCACCUGCUGAUGAAAACACAUCACAACCCCAUACAAUAAGUCCGGCAGAAUAUCU